AUAAUUCCAAAACCUUAUGAAGAAGUUUUAUUCUUAACUAAACUAGUUAUUUAAUAAUUUGGAUAAUUAUGAACAAAAUAGAGACAUCUAUGGAGAAAAGUGAGAAAGAAAGUGUAGAAAACAAUGAAGUUCCAAAUAACUAUAGAGGAUGGAAGGUGAUGCCCUUCAUCAUUGGAAAUGAAACAUUUGAGAAGCUAGGAGCCAUUGGUACCUUAGCAAACCUCUUGGUCUAUCUUACAUCAGUCUUCAACCUUAGCAGUAUUACAGCCACAAAUAUUGUCAAUAUCUUCAAUGGAAGUGCUAAUCUAGUUACCUUGCUAGGAGCUUUUCUAUGUGAUACUUAUUUUGGACGCUACAAAACUCUUGGAUUCUGCACAUUUGCUUCCUAUCUGGGAUUGCUUGUUAUACAACUAACAGCAUGGAUUAAAAGCAUGCAUCCACCAGAAUGUGGAAAUGAGAAAAGCACAUGCAUAGAACCAAGUACAGGACAAAUGUCAUUUCUACUACUUGGAUUUGGACUUAUGAUAGUAGGAGCUGCAGGGAUUAGGCCUUGUAACUUGGCAUUUGGAGCUGAUCAAUUCAACCCAAACACUGAUUCAGGAAAGAAAGGAAUCAAUAGUUUCUUCAAUUGGUAUUUUUUUACCUUCACUUUUGCUCAGAUGGUUUCUUUGUCAGUAAUUGUUUAUAUACAAGUAAAUGUGAGUUGGGCACUUGGUCUUGGAAUUCCUGCUGGUUUGAUGCUGUUUUCAUGUAUUGUUUAUUUCACUGGAAGUAAAUAUUAUGUGAAGGUUAAAGCAACAGGUAGUCCUGUAACAAAUAUUGUUCAAGUUAUAUAUGUGGCUAUAAAGAAAAGAAAACACAAUCUACCAGAGGAUGAGUAUUCAUUGGUUUCUCUUUUUAGCUAUAUAUCUCCUCACUCUAUCAACUCCAAGCUUCUUCAUACACCUCAAUUCAGGUUCCUUGACAAAGCUGCUAUUAUAACCCAACAAGACAAAAUAAACCCUGAUGGUUCUGCAUCUGAUCCAUGGAAUCUAUGCAGUAUACAACAAGUGGAAGAAGUGAAAUGCUUAGUAAGAGUUCUACCAAUUUGGGUUUCAGGCAUACUCUACUACGUUGCAAUAAUCCAACAAAACACAGUGUUAGUCUUCCAAGCAAUUCAAUCCGACCGAACCUUUUUCAACACAAAUUUCAAAAUCCCUGCAGCUUCUUACACGAUCUUCACGAUGUUAAGCCUAACGAUAUGGUUACCAAUCUACGACAGAAAAAUCGUACCAACAAUGAGAAAACUCACCGGAAAAGAAGGCGGAAUCACACUUCUACAAAGAAUGGGAGUUGGAAUGUUUAUUGCUAUACUAUGCAUGUUAGUAUCUGGCGUGGUAGAAUGGAAAAGAAGGACCAUGGCUAUUAAUAAUCCUAUAGGAUUUGAACCGAGAAAUGGUGCGAUUUCUUCCAUGUCGGGAAUGUGGUUAAUUCCUCAGUUAGCACUAGCAGGAUUUUCUGAUGCAUUUACUUUGGUUGGACAAGUUGAAUUUUACUACAAACAGUUUCCUGAGAAUAUGAGAAGUCUUGCAGGGUCACUGUUUUUUUGUGGCUUGGCACUAUCAAGUUAUUUUAGUAGUUUGUUGAUUACAAUUAUUCAUAGGUUGACGGUUAAAUCUGCAACAGGGAAUUGGUUACCACAGGAUUUGAAUGAAGGGAGAUUGGAUUACUUUUAUUACAUGAUUACUGGUUUGGAAGUUGUUAAUUUGGGUUACUUUGUAUUGUGUUCUAGGUGGUAUAGGUACAAAGGGAAUGAGGAUGAUACUGAUCAAGGUAGUGGUGUUGAACUUGAUAAAGUGUCUAAACAAUCCGAAACAAAGAUUAGUGGUGUUUAGUGAUUAAGUUCUAAUUAGUUGAUGGUAUCAGAACUUUGAAAUAAAGCUUCUGGUCCACCAUAGUAUUUAUUAGAAUUAGAAAGAAAAAUAAGGUAUUUUUUCUUGGAAAAAUAAAUAAUUAUAUACGAAUUUUCUUUUGUUAUGAUUGUAUAUGGGAUGAAAGGAGUGUUAGCAACAUUUUCUUGUUUCUAGCACUCUUUGUAUAUGGAUAUAAUUUUAUACUCAUCUCUUUCCUUCUUUUAAAAGAAA